AUCGGUGACACCGUAUCAGAGAGCGAUUACAUGCAUGCUUUGAAUGUCUGGAAACGAUUCUCCAUCCAAACCCUAGGCGACUACAGCGAUUUAUAUUUGAAAACCGAUGUCUUGUUAUUGGCAGACAUUUUUGAAAAUUUUCGCAAUAGUAGCAUCAACAGUUACGGAUUAGAUCCCGCGUAUUAUUAUACAUUACCAGGAUUCACGUGGGACGCCAUGCUGAAACACACGCGCGUAAAUUUCGAGCUGCUCACAGACAUCGACAUGGUCAUGUUUGUGGAACGCGGUAUACGCGGUGGUUUGAGCCAGUGCUCGAACAGGUAUGCUCGAGCCAAUAACAAGUACAUGCAGUCUUACGAUCCAUCGAAACCAUCCUCGUACCUGAUGUACUUUGAUGUUAAUAAUUUGUAUGGUUGGGCGAUGUGUCAACCACUACCAUAUGCAAAUUUUCGAUGGAUCGAAGAUAUUACGAAUUUCGACGCGAGCGCAAUCGCUGCGGACUCAUCGACAGGUUACAUUCUCGAGGUCGAUCUCGAGUAUCCGCAGCAUCUUCACGACGCGCACAUUGACCUACCGUUCUGUCCAACGCGCGAUAAACCACCCGGCAAGCGGCAGGAUAAACUUCUCGCGACAGUGUAUGAUAAGAAGCGUUACGUCAUACACUAUCGCAACCUGCAACAGUGCACGCGUCAUGGGCUUAGCGUGUCAAAGAUACACCGUGUAUUGGAGUUUUCGCAAUCUCCAUGGCUCCGCGAUUACAUCGAGCUUAAUACUCAGUUUAGAACACGUGCGACAAACGAUUUCGAAAAAAAAUUAUACAAAUUAAUGAACAACGCGGUAUUUGGCAAAACAAUGGAAAAUGUACGGAAUCAUGUCGACGUUAAACUUCUAACAAACUUCUAA